UUGUCUGCUCUUGAUUGACCUGGAAGGCACAAAGUCAAAAGCAAUACUUCUCCAGAUGAAAGCAUCUGUUCUCUCCACCGUCGCAGCCUUGCUGUGUACGGCAAAUUCCCUGUCCACUGUCCAGGGGACGGCGUCUCUGCUGGAACUUGAUGCGCCUUACCUGUCCGACAACAGUCUUUACUUCCCGCAGAAUGCAGGUGCCUGGGAGAACCCUAACAGCACAGCUUCGGCGAGGGUUUCGGAGCAGGAGAAUCCGUUUUCAAUGGCCGAAUGCUACGGUGUAGACUUGGAAGAGGCAACCAUUGAUCAAAUGCAGGGAUGGAUGGGCAGCGGGAAACUGACUUCCAGACAACUGGUCCAAUGCUACCUCGGUCAUAUCCUGCAGCUGAACGAAUACGUCAAUGCUAUCCUAGAAAUCAAUCCAGAUGUGCUAAUGAUUGCGGACCAGCUCGACGCUGAACGCGCCAAUGGCACUGUCCGCGGUCCUCUUCACGGCAUUCCGUUUGUCGUCAAGGACAAUAUCGCCACCAAGGACAAAAUGGAAACGACUGCCGGCUCCUACGCUCUUCUGGGCUCCAUUGUCCCUCGCGAUGCGCACGUCGUCAAGCUACUCCGCGAGAAAGGUGCCGUCUUGUUAGGCAAAUCCACGCUCGACGAGUGGGCCAGUAUGCGAACCAAUUCGAAGUCCUCAGGAUACUCGGCCCGCGGAGGCCAGUCUCGUAACGCGUUCAACCUGUCCACCGCACCGGGUGGCUCGUCGUCUGGCUCCUGCCAGGCCGUAACCUCCAACAUGGUCCCCAUCAGUUUUGGCACCGAAACCGACGGUUCUGUGAUCGGUCCAGCCCGUCGCGCAUCCCUGAUCGGCUUCAAGCCUACCGUAGGCCUGACCUCUCGCGCCGGCGUCGUCCCCGAGUCCAUCCUCCAAGACACGGUGGGCAGCCUCGGCCGCACGUUCAAAGACGCCAUCUACGCUCUCGAAGGCAUCGUCGGUGUCGACCCCCGGGACAACUACACCUCGGCCCAACAAGGAUCCCCCAAAGACGGCAAUUACACGCAGUUCCUCGCCAACAAGGACGCCCUCAAAGGGGCCACGUUCGGCCUCCCGUGGUUGUCCCUGUGGAACCAGACGGGAAACAAGGCAGACCUGUCACAACUCUUGCGAGUGGUCGACCGACUGAGAGCGGCCGGGGCGACCAUAAUCAACGGAACCGAGUUCCCUCACUACAAGGACAUCCUCAGUCCUUCGGGUUGGGACUGGUCGUUCGGGCCCUCGCCGUUGUUGAAUGCUGGGUAUCGAGUCAAUGUGGAUUUCUACAACAACAUUCGUGACUACCUGUCGGAGCUCAACAACACGAACCUGAGGUCCGUCGAGGACCUGAUCGCCUACAACGUCGAAUACACCGGUGUCGAGGGUGGGAUCCCCGGCACCGUCGCGGGCUUCAAGUCGGGCCAGGACGCGUUCCUUGACAGUGCCGCCACGAAAGGUGAAAUGAACAGCUCGUACUAUGACUGUCUUGCGUACCUGGACAGGGUGUCUAGGACAGAAGGUAUCGACGCGGCCUUGUCGUACAAGUACCCGAAUGGCACGGAGAUCAAAGUUGAUGCUCUCCUUGUCCCGUCGGGAUCUGGAUCGACGAAUUUACCUGCUACGGCUGGGUAUCCAAUGGUGACAAUGCCAAUCGGGCUCAACGCGCACAAUGUUCCAGUGGGUAUCGCCUUGAUCGGAACAGCGUGGAGUGAACGCACCUUGAUCCGAUAUGGUAGUGCCGUGGACGACUUGAUCCGGGGAAGGAAGAAGCCUCAGUUUAUCGAGUGGUGGAGCAAGUUGGUGCCUGUGGAUUACUCGCUAUAGAUUAGAC